AUCGCAACUUUUCACUCUCGGUUAUAGUGCCCGAGACGCCGGUCCCAGGGGCACGAGAAGGAGACAGAUCUCGGAUUUUUCGCUGAUCGCGCGCGCGUUCGCUCGAUCGAAGGAUCCUAAUCGAGAUCGCGAGAUCGAUCAUCGACGAUGAUCGUCCUGGCUCUGAUCGUCUCCCUCGCGGUCGCCUCGAGCGACGCGGCCUCGAUCGUGUAUCGCAACGAUGACUCCUCCGGGCCCAAGGAUCUCUGUGACAGCAAGGUUUAUUGCGAGGGGCCUUUGCUGAAAACGGUGCAGCUCGCCGGGAUAUUUAACGACAGCAAAACCUUCGUGGAUCUUUACCAGCUUCACGAUCCGGAUGUAACUGUAAACAAUUUCAAUACCUUGAUGAAAAUAACCAACAACUCGCCUAAUCGCUCUGAGGUGGCUACUUACGUCAGCGAGAACUUUGCCAUGCAAGAUGAACUGGAUAACUCAACAUUGCCGGAUUGGAAGGAGAAUCCGGACAUCCUGAAAGUCAUACAAGAUCCGCAGUUUCGUGAGUGGGCGAAACGUUUAAAUUAUAUUUGGAAAACGCUAGCGAGAAAGAUAAGGGAUGACGUGAUGAUCAACCCGCAACGACACAGCUUGAUUUAUGUGAAUAACACUUUCGUUAUUCCCGGAGGACGAUUUAAAGAAUUUUAUUAUUGGGACAGCUACUGGAUAAUCGAGGGACUCUUAUUAUGCGACAUGCCCGUCACUGUUAAAGGAAUGAUCGAAAAUUUCUUCUCCAUGGUAGAAAGAUUCGGCUUCGUUCCGAACGGCGGUAGAGUUUAUUACUUGUCUCGAAGCCAACUGCCCCUGUUGAUACCGAUGGUCGAGAAGUAUUACGACUAUACGAAGGAUCGCGAGUUUCUGAAGCAAAAUAUAGCCAUCCUAGAAAAGGAAUUCGAUUAUUGGCAAAACGAGAAGAUGGUGACCAUAGUGAAGAACGGUAUCCCUUACAGGAUGGCGCGUUACGUGACAAACAGCAACGGUCCGCGACCGGAGAGUUACAAGGAGGAUUACCAGUUGGUGCAACAAUUGCCGGAGCAGGAGCGCGGGGAGAUUUACAACGACUUGAAAGCCGCGGCCGAGAGCGGUUGGGAUUUCUCUUACAGAUGGUGCAUACGAAUCGACAGGAACGCCAAUCUCAGCCUCAUCAACGUCUCGACGAGCGAUAUUAUACCCGUUGAUUUGAAUGCGAUAUUACAGCGGAACGCUCGGUUGCUCGCCCGUUUUCACGGUAUCCUGGGCAAUCCUGAGAAGGUCUGGCGUUAUGCCAAGAUCGCCGUGGACUAUCAAGCUGCCAUCGACAACGUCCUCUGGAACGAAGACGAGGGAAUCUGGCUUGAUUAUGAUACGAGGGAUAAGGGAUCCAGAAAUUCAUUCUAUCCUUCCAAUUUGACGCCCUUGUACACAAUGAGCUAUAAUCGAAAUAAGAGCCUCGAUUACGCCCUCAAGGCUAUUUCCUACCUCAAGAGAAACCAGAUCGAUUCGUACUUUGGUGGCACGCCAAGUUCCGUGAACUACACCGGCGAACAAUGGGACUUCCCUAACGCUUGGCCGCCUUUGCAGUCCUUUUUGAUUCUGGGUCUCUACCGAACCGGGGUGAAGGAAGCGGUGAAUAUGGCCGAGACUCUGGCUGGCAGAUGGCUGAGAUCGAAUUAUAUUGGCUACGACGAAUAUGGCAAAAUGUUUGAGAAGUACAACGCGAUACAUCCAGGCGAGGGUGGCGGCGGUGGCGAGUACGGGGUUCAGGAAGGCUUCGGAUGGACCAACGGCAUCGUCUUCGAAUUCCUCCGACUCUUCCCGGACACCAGUUCCUCGGAAAAGUACGACAACGACAUUGAUAGAUAAUGCACGUGGGCAGAUAAGUAGCAAAUUGAUCGUAGAAGAGAACGUUAGCGCUUUUUAUUUGUAACAAUAAACGCUACGAAAAGAAAUCGACACGGAUCUGUCAAAAAUUGCCGUGUUAAUUUCUUUUUCAAAUCGAACUCUCAGUCUUUCAAAAUCGAGGAUUGAUCGUAUUUUCUUUUUAGAAUAACGUAUUAAUGCGUUAGUUUCCCCGAUAGAAUGUAAUUUAUAUCUAUCGAAAUUUUUAUCUAUCCCUUUUGAUCAAUCUUCCACAAUGUUGUUGAAGAUAUUAAUUAGUUUUUAAUUCUCGAGAUAUUUAAACAAGGUUUGUACAAAUUCCUGAAAAGUAGAACAAUAUUUUACAGAAAUCAAUUGUGAGAGACGACACGAUAUUUCGGAGCGAAACUUAAUAUUGAUUUUUGCAAAAGCAAUUAUAUCAACUCCCGGAGAGAUUGUCUCCCGAAACUUUAUUUUUAAAUUAUUAAUAAACGUAAAAUUUAUCGAAAAAAUACGUAGAACGUACGCUUAAAUAAGUUUAGUUAAUAUCAAAUAAUUAUUUUAAAUGUUUAACGAGAUAAGUAUAGAUAAAGCGAAGCAUCUUGUAACGAAUCUAGUCCACAAGGGAAACCUUGCAAGGGCAGCGCGAAGAUACCCACCGUGCUUUCAGUUUUUAAAUUACGCAAGUCCGCACAAUCGCAGGACGCGAAUUGAUAUGCGAGGGAGAUGCGGCCGACGAGAGUAAAAAUUUUUUUUUGCAAUUUCUAUCUCAUUGCCAGAGAUGUAAUGCAUAGAAUAUAUUAAGUUAUAGAAGCGGAAAUGUCGAAUGUCUGCGUGAUCGUGAACCACUUGUAACGCGAUAUUGAAUUAACGCGAGAGCCGAGGCUCUCCCUCUCUCCCCCACCCACCCUUUCUCCGUCCGUUCAAUAUCGUUGCACCUCGAGUUGCGAAUUGUUAAUUUAUCCCCUUUAUUGCUCAUAUGCUGUUCGGAAAAUUCUUUUCCGGAAAGUUGUGCUCUUGUCUCACGCAGACAUUCGAUUUACGGUACGUGAUUGAAAUUCUUGAAACUAUAAAACUCCCACCGCUUCAAAAGUUACUACUCUUUCACGACAAGAGAACAAGAGAGAGAAUAAGGAGAUCUCUUUAUUAUAUCAUAUUUUAUCGCACGUUGAUCUAUCUAACCAUGUAUUGUAUGAAUAAAUAUAAACGUCGUACAUAUGAUUGUA